GACCGCCACCGCCUGCGCCGCGACCGGCCGGUGAAGCCCAGGGACCCCCCCUCUGGGAGAGCCCCAUGAGGGCAGGAGAGUGAUGGAGAGUUCGCCCAGCUUCCUGAAGGGCACCUGGGAGAAGACGGCCCCAGAGAACGGCAUCGUCAGACAGGAGCCCGGCAGCCCGCCUCGAGAUGGCCUGCACCGUGGGCCGCUGUGCCUGGGAGAGCCUGCUCCCUUUUGGGGGGGCAUCCCAAGCACCCCAGACUCCUGGCUUCCCCCUGGCUUCCCCCAGGGCCCCAAGGACACGCUCCCACUUGUGGAGGGUGAGGGCCCCCAGAAUGGGGAGAGGAAGGUCAACUGGCUGGGCAGCAAAGAGGGACUGCGCUGGAAGGAGGCCAUGCUUACCCAUCCUCUGGCAUUCUGCGGGCCAGCGUGCCCACCUCGCUGUGGCCCCCUGAUGCCUGAGCAUAGUGGUGGCCAUCUCAAGAGUGACCCUGUGGCCUUCCGGCCCUGGCACUGCCCUUUCCUUCUGGAGACCAAGAUCCUGGAGCGAGCUCCCUUCUGGGUGCCCACCUGCUUGCCACCCUACCUAGUGUCUGGCCUGCCCCCAGAGCGUCCACGUGACUGGCCCCUGGCCCCACACCCCUGGGUACACUCCGGGGGCCAGCCCAAAGUGCCCUCUGCCUUCAGCUUAGGCAGCAAGGGCUUUUACCACAAGGAUCCGAGCAUUCUCAGGUUGGCAAAAGAGCCCUUGGCAGCUGUGGAACCUGGGUUGUUGGGUUUAAACCCUGGUGGGCACCUGCAGAGAGCCGGUGAGGCCGAACGUCCUUCACUGCACCAGAGGGAUGGAGAGAUGGGAGCUGGCCAUCAGCAGAAUCCUUGCCCACUCUUCCUGGGGCAGCCAGACACUGUGCCCCGGACCCCCUGGCCCGCUUAUCCCCCAGGCCUCGUUCAUACUCUUGGCAAUGUCUGGGCUGGACCAAGCAGUGGGAGCCUUGGGUACCAGCUGGGGCCACCAACCACACCAAGGUGCCCCUCUCCCGAGCCGCUUAUCACCCAGCGGGGCUGCUGCUCAUCCUACCCACCCAUUAAAGAUGGGGGUCUUGGCCCUUGUGGGAAGUGCCAGGAGGGCCUGGACGGGGUUGCCAGUGGAGCCAGCGAACCCAGCGAGGAAGUGAACAAGGCCUCUGGCCCCAGGGCCUGCCCCCCCAGCCACCAUACCAAACUGAAGAAGACAUGGCUCACACGGCACUCGGAGCAGUUUGAAUGUCCACGCGGCUGCCCUGAGGCUGAGGAGAGGCCGGUUGCUCAGCUCCGGGCCCUCAAAAGGGCAGGCAGCCCCGAGAUCCAAGGAGCAGUGGGCGGCCCAGCCCCCAAGCGGCCACCGGACCCUUUUCCAGGCACUGCAGAACAGGGGGCUGGGGGUUGGCAGGAGGUACGGGAUACAUCAAUAGGGAACAAGGAGGCGGACUCGGGACAGCAUGAUGACCAGAGAGGACCCCGAGACGGCCAGGCCAGUCUCCAGGACCCAGGACUUCAGGACAUACCAUGCCUGGCUCUCCCUGCAAAACUGGCUCAAUGCCAAAGUUGUGCCCAGGCAGCUGGAGAGGGAGGAGGGCCCGCCGGCCACUUUCAGCAAGUGCGGAGAUCACCUCUGGGAGGGGAACCGCAGCAGGAGGAAGACACAGCCGCCAACUCCAGCUCUGAGGAAGGCCCAGGGUCCGGCCCUGAUGGCAGGCUCAGCACAGGCCUCGCCAAGCACCUGCUCAGUAGUCUAGGGGACCGACUGUGCCGUCUGCUGCGGAGAGAGCGGGAAGCCCUGGCCUGGGCCCAGCGGGAAGGCCAAGGGCCAGCCGUGACAGAGGACAACCCAGGCAUUCCACGCUGCUGCAGCCGUUGCCACCACGGACUCUUCAACACCCACUGGCGAUGUCCCCGUUGCAGCCACCGGCUGUGUGUGGCCUGCGGUCGUGUGGCAGGCGCUGGGCGGGCCAGGGAGAAAGCAGGCUCUCGGGAGCAGUCCACGGAGGAGUGCACGCAGGAGGCUGGGCACGCUGCCUGUUCCCUGAUGCUGACCCAGUUUGUCUCCAGCCAGGCUUUGGCAGAGCUGAGCACUGCAAUGCACCAGGUCUGGGUCAAGUUUGAUAUCCGGGGGCACUGCCCCUGCCAAGCUGAUGCCCGGGUGUGGGCCCCCGGGGAUGCAGGCCAGCAGAAGGAAUUGACACAGAAAAUGCCCCCAACUCCACAACCUUCGUGCAAUGGCGACACCCACAGGACCAAGAGCAUCAAAGAGGAGACCCCCGAUUCCACUGAGACCCCAGCAGAGGACCGUGCUGGCCAAGCGCCCCUGCCUUGUCCUUCUCUCUGCGAACUGCUGGCUUCCACCGCGGUCAAACUCUGCUUGGGUCAUGAGCGAAUACAUAUGGCCUUCGCCCCCGUCACUCCGGCCCUGCCCAGUGAUGACCGCAUCACCAACAUCCUGGACAGCAUUAUCGCACAGGUGGUGGAACGGAAGAUCCAGGAGAAAGCCCUGGGGCCGGGGCUUCGAGCUGGCCCGGACAUGCGCAAGGGCCUGGGCCUGCCUCUCUCUCCAGUGCGGCCCCGACUGCCUCCCCCGGGGGCUUUGCUGUGGCUGCAGGAGCCCCGGCCUCGGCCUCGGCGUGGCUUCCGCCUCUUCCAGGAGCACUGGAGGCAGGGCCAGCCUGUGUUGGUGUCAGGGAUCCAAAGGACAUUGCAGGGCAACCUGUGGGGGACAGAAGCUCUUGGGGCACUUGGAGGCCAGGUGCAGGCGCUGAGUCCCCUUGGGCCUCCCCAGCCCACCAGCCUGGGCAGCACAGCAUUCUGGGAGGGCUUCUCCUGGCCUGAGCUUCGCCCAAAGUCAGAUGAGGGCUCUGUCCUCCUGCUGCAUCGAGCUCUGGGGGAUGAGGACGCCAGCAGGGUGGAGAACCUAGCUGCCAGCCUGCCACUCCCAGAGUACUGCGCCCACCGUGGAAAACUCAACCUGGCUUCCUACCUCCCACCUGGCCUUGCCCUGCGUCCACUGGAGCCCCAACUCUGGGCAGCCUAUGGUGUGAGCCCGCACCGGGGACACCUGGGGACCAAGAACCUCUGUGUGGAGGUGGCUGACCUGGUCAGCAUCCUGGUGCACGCCGAGGCACCACUGCCUGCCUGGCACCGGGUACAGAAAGACUUCCUUUCAGGCCUGGAAGGGGAGGGGCUCUGGUCUCCGGGCAGCCAGGUCAGCACUGUGUGGCACGUGUUCCGGGCACAGGACGCCCAGCGCAUCCGCCGCUUUCUCCAGAUGGUGUGCCCGGCCGGGGCAGGCGCCCUGGAGCCUGGCGCCCCAGGCAGCUGCUACCUGGACGCAGGGCUGCGGCGGCGCCUGCGGGAGGAGUGGGGCGUGAGCUGCUGGACCCUGCUCCAGGCCCCCGGAGAGGCCGUGCUGGUGCCUGCAGGGGCUCCCCACCAGGUGCAGGGCCUGGUGAGCACAGUCAGCGUCACUCAGCACUUCCUCUCCCCUGAGACCUCUGCCCUCUCUGCUCAGCUCUGCCACCAGGGAUCCAGCCUUCACCCUGACUGCCGCCUGCUUUGUGCCCAGAUGGACUGGGCUGUGUUCCAAGCAGUGAAGGUGGCCGUGGGGACAUUGCAGGAGGCCAAAUAGAGGGAUGCUGGGUGUUUGGGGUCGGGGUGGGGACAGGUAGACCAGGUGCUCAGCCCAGGUACAACUUUAGCAGGGAAUGACGCUAGGGGACUUGAGGAUUUCUGGUCAACCCCACAAGCACCACUCCGGGCACAAGCAGGGCACCCUGUUCCCCUCCCCCUUAAGCCAACAACCACAGUGCCACCUAGCUCACACCUGUCCUUCUCAGGCUGGCACCUCCCCCACCCUGUGCCCCUCUCCAUGGUACCAGGCCUGCAUUGGGGUCGAUUGACUUCCUCCAACCCCCAUUCCUCCCCGACCCAGGAGACAAACAGCCUUUCCUUGGGGGACCUCGGGAAUCAUUCUGGCUUAAGCAACACCUGCUGCUGCUCACUCCUGCUGAGCCUGCUCUACUGCCCCAGCUCCGCUUCUACCACCGCAUCCCCACUGGGCUCACUGCAGGCAUGCUGAACAAGGGGUCCCUGACCUUCCGCCCUCCUGCGGAGGUGAGGAGAGGGUGGCAUCAGGAGCUGCUCAGGCUUGGCUGAGGGAGCGGCAUGGGCGAUGUCACUCAGCCCCUUCCAGGUCCGCCCGCUUCCCUCCUUCAUGAUUUCCAUUAAAGUCUGUUGUUUUGUGACUGCUGCCAGUGUGGUUGGCCCUGCCCCUGCAGGCCACAUGGUCCAGGGAGGGAGGGGGACAUGGAAAUCUGCCCUAGAGUAGAGGCAAAUGGAGUAGGGCAGCCCGGAGCUGGGGCCUGAGGGACAGGACACCACUGCCUGCUCUUCCUCCUUCCUCCGGGGCCUGGGUCCUUGCCUCCCACUGAGGAACCUUUGGGUGGGGUGGAGGGCUAUUCCCCAAAGAUGCUCCUGAGUGUAACAGCAGGCAAGGCAGAGUCCUGGGGCACAGCCACGAGGUGACCUCCCUGUGCAGAGACUCCGGAGCCCUACUCCACCCAGCAAGCUCCAGGCCGCCCCAUCUCUCCCGUCUACCUUGACCUGGAGAUCCAGAGGUGUGGCCCAGAGGAGCCCUUGCCCCACCUGUCUGCUCUUGGUGGCCGUGACCGACGCCAGGCCCAGCCACCCUGGGACUGAGCCUGACUGCUUCAGACAGCCGACCCCUCCUUGUCCCCACUCCACACCUGCAGCCUUCUGGUGGCGCUCUGCCCUCUCCAGCUUCCCUUGUGUAUCUCAGCCCUACAAAGAGAAACACUCCCACUCUUGUCAUACCUAAUUGUUCCUGCUGUGGUUUGGGGAAUUUUUUUUAUUAAAUAAAGUUUUUUUUUAUUAUAAGUGUAAUAUA